AUGGAAGCCGCAGAGCCAACAGUUGAACUGCUCAGAGAGUACAAAGAACAGCUUAUGGCCGCAGCAGCGGCGCGAGACAAGCUUGCUGGGAAAACUGGAGGCGUACCCAUACGUACCACGAGAGGCCCUUGGGCUGAUACACCUCAGCGCAGCGCCCUCGGACUUGCGGUCGGCCGCCUGCGAGACCAUGAGACAGCAGAAGUGAGCGAGAAGGCGAAGACCUUGGUAAUACGCUGGGUCGCCGCUGCUCCGGCAAGGAAGAGGCAAGAGUCACCGUCGAAGUCGACGCAAAUUUCGCAGAAAGCCAAUGGAUUUCAUCGCUCCAGAGAGUCUACGACGUUCUGGCUCGAAUGUGACGAGGAGGUCUUCGAUGAAAAGGACCUCGUCCUUGAGACAGCCUUCGAACACGGCAAGAGAUCAGACAUUCGGAACCUCGCUCGCACGGAUACAGGCAAGAAGGCCUCCGCCUCCGUAUCUGCACGCAGCGCUUCCAUCAUCGACGAUGCCGGGGCCGAGGCGCCGAAGCCCUCGCAGGACCCGCAGAAGCCGCCACGGUCGACGCAGCCGAGAACAUCGUCGGCGCAUCCUACGAAGCUACCAGCACCGCCAGCGCGUACAUUCGGAACAGACGGCCUCGGCGACGCUUCCGCGCUGCACGAAGUCCCGCUCCGCGCGUUGACCGUCGAGCUGCUGUACGACGCACUGGCAGCCGGCGCGGGGGAUUUGCCGUCGAGGUCCCUCCUCCCCAAAGCCAUGUCCAUCGAGGACGCCCUAUAUAUCGACACCAGCCCAACCUCGGACGACGAGCGCACCGACGCCUCCGCCCGCACCGCACACACCGACGCCUCCGCCCGCACCGCGCACACCGACGCCUACGUGCGCUACGCGCACUCGGCCUUCAUCGCCCUCAGCAGCGCGUCCGACUUCUCCACGAUGCGCAGCGACCUGCUGAAGGGGGGUCUCAGCGCGGAGGACUUCGUGGACUACAUAAUGGGGGAGGAGGACCAGGUGGUGUAG